AAUGGUCUCAUAUUAUGGCAUGUUUCAAAUCUCUGCCAUUAAUUUAUCUCCCGUUUUUCAUAUUCCAAAAUAAUUCCUAGGAAAAGUUAAUGUUUUUUAAUAGAGAAAUAAGUUGGAACUUUUUAUUUAUCUUUUUCCUGCAGAUCAUGAUAGACCCGGACGUUCCUGGCCCAAGUGAUCCUUAUAUGAGAGAACACUUGCACUGGAUGGUGACUGACAUUCCAGGCACAACAGAUUCCACAUUUGGUAAAGAGUUGACAAGCUAUGAAAUACCAAAGCCUAACAUAGGGAUCCAUAGGUAUGUGUUCGUCCUUUUCAAGCAAAAGAAAAAGCACUCAAUUACUACUCCUUCUUCAAGGGAUCACUUCAACACAAGAAGUUUUUCAAUGCAAAAUGACCUUGGUGUCCCUGUUGCUGCUGCUUAUUUCAAUGCAAGGAGGCCAACUGCUGGUAGAAAACCUACCUAUAUAUAAUAAUAUAUAAUAACAAUAAUAACAACUCUUGAAAUUACAAUUGUUCUUGUUACAAUUGUUCUUGUUAAUUAUCAUCAUGAUUAUUUAAUA